UAUUAUGACUCCGUAGUCAGUUCUACUGAGUCUGCGUUUGCAUCUUCUACUCCUUCCGUUUGCAUCUUCUUCUUCUUCUAGAUCUGAUCUCCAAUUUCACCCCCAAGGUUUGAAAAGUCUAGUCACUUUAUUAUACAAAAUGGGUCGUGGAAACAGCUGUGGUGGAGGUCAAAGCUCACUCAACUAUCUUUUUGGUGGAGGUGAUGCUCCUCCUGCUGAGCCAACCAACAGGACUGCUGCACCUGCACCAGCUCCGGCAGCUGUGACUGCAACAGCAGCUACUAGUACUACUGUUGAGCCUGCUAAGAUCAACAAGGAGAUCCCUGCUGGUAUCAAAACUCCUGUCAACAACUACGCCCGUGCUGAAGGACAGAACACCGGAAACUUCAUCACUGACCGUCCUUCCACCAAGGUUCAUGCAGCUCCUGGAGGUGGAUCAUCUCUUGAUUACCUCUUCACUGGUCGCAAGUAAAAAAACAUACAUUGUGUGUAAUGCAUAAUGCGUAUCCAUUGCGUUUCUGUUCUCAAUUUAACACUGUUUGAUGUGAACCUCUAAAUGAUAAGAAGUCGGUUUCUUUGUCAACCCCAUCUUAA